AUGUUCAGACGCCUCUCACCUUUACUUGGAAUCAGUAGAUUCCUUCAUUCCAUCAAAGCUAUAACAGUCUCUUCAUCGCGUGAAUAUGAAGAUAAAGAUGAGGAUGAAAGAGAUACACUUUUGUUCUCAGCUGAAUCCUAUCUACCCAUCAUCUCCUCCAAUCCUGGACUGAUUCAAUCAGAUGAUAGAAGAGGAGUAAGGUUCUCCAAAUUUGGAUCCAGUGGUGCAUUACUUGAUGUAGUUGUAGAGGAUGAAGAUGAUGAUCAAUACGUGAAUUCAGAUGGAUCAGUUGGAUUUUUCAUCAUCAACGAACGAGAUAAAAAUCCAAGUCCAAGUUCAACAUCGGAUAGUGAUUCCGAUACCAUAUGCUCAUUACCAUCGAAUUCAUUCGAUCUACCACGAAAUCAAAUAUACUAUCAUUAUCAAAAGCAAGCGCAAAAUUCAUACCUAUAUCCAUACUCCUAUUCAUCACGUUACAGUCAAACAAACCAGAUAAUAUUAUCCUUAUUCAUAGUAAUUGGAUUAGGUUGGACAGUAGGAUUAUAUUUGUCAUAUCCAUUCCCAACUACCAUACCGAUAUUUAUUGGUUUAUUAAUCAUAUUACUAGGUUGGACUUUAAUCAAUAUAUCAAAUUUGGUUUUGUCAUUAUUUUUAAGUCGUCAAGAAAGUAAUUUAACCAUUAUAUCAAGAUACUCAACUUCUUUGAAGAUCCGUUUAUUACUUUCAUCCAUUUUCUUACUAUACAUGUUUAAUUUGGGAUUCGCGCCAAUACCAUCACCAUAUUCAUCUUCACAUACAUCCGAAUACGGAUCUACGAUAAAACCAUCACGAUUACCUCAAGAGAUCAAUGGAGUACAUCAAAAAUACUUUAUAGCUGCUAAUUUACAUGAUAACGAGGCUGUCUUGACUGAAUGGUCAGAUCAAUUGAUCAAGUUGAUUUUCCAUCUCGGGACAGAAAAUACGUUUGUGUCGAUAUACGAGUCCAAUUCCAGAGAUUCAACUAAAGAAUUACUAUCUACUUUUAAUAAUACAUUAGAAAACCUCUCAAUAUCACAUAGGAUCAUUACGGCUGAGAACGAUGAUCAUUGGUGGCCAUAUAGUACCGCCGUAGAGAGGAUAGAAUAUCUAGCCAAAGCGAGGAACGUGGCUUUGGAACCUAUACAAAGUAAAGAUGAUAAUAUACGAAUAGCGAAUCAUCAACAUUUCACCAAGAUUCUCUUCUUGAACGAUAUAUGGUUUAAAUGGGAAUCGAUAAUAGAGUUAUUAGAUACUAGAUACAUAGAUGAUACGACUGGUCAACAAAGUGAUUUUGGUGAUUAUGAUCAAGUAUGUGCAAUGGACUUUGCAAUUUCAGGCCUGUACGAUACUUGGGUAGCGAGAGAUGUAUGUGGUACACCCAUGAGAAUCUUUUGGCCCUACGUCAAAGAUCCUACGUCAAUCAAGAAAGUAAUAGCAGAAGAACCAUUCCAAGUUUCAGCUUGCUGGAAUGGUGUUACUGCAUUGGACGCUCAGCCAUUCUUAUAUCGCGGUAAUACCUAUGAAUCCGCAGGCAUAACGAGAGUCGUCAUCGGCCAUGACAAUACUUCAUUGAGAAAAAGAGGUUGGAGAAUGGUUGAUAAUUCUACAUACCCAGGAUCAAUUCUUUCACCUACUAUCGAUCUGCCUAUCCAAUUUCGAACUUCAAAUAUCUCACAAUGCGAUCAUUCAGAAUGUUUCUUGAUAUCAUACGAUUUGCAUCGCGUACAUUCGGAUAGACCUACGAAGAUAUAUAUGAAUCCGAAUGUGAAAGUUGCCUAUGAACGAAAAUGGUUCAAGUGGAAUAACGUUAUUCUGAAAAUACCGAUGAUACAGUUUUGGAACAAACACUGGUCAAGGGGAUAUCCAUUUAUGCUAGUUGAUUGGAUAUGGGAAUAUCUAAGUAGAAGAAGAGAUUACUGUACUUGGUCAGCAUUAACCUGGUAUAUACCUGAUAGAUGUCCAGCCUUACCUGGACCACGUAAUCUAUCGUGGAACGAAUAG